AUCAGGAGCCCAUCACUGGGUCAUAGACUCCUGGCAUCAUUCAAUUCAAGUUCUCUUGUUCACCUUUGAUAUUUUCUCACAUUUUAAAAAUGUUAUGAACAAUGAUUUUCACUAGGGAACUUUUCUUACACACUUCUUAUUUCGUUCUCAACUUGAUGAUGAGAAAAAAACAGCAAAUGUUGCUUGCCCGUCGGGCAAGCUACGAUGAAAAGACACUAACCCGACGUGUCGCUUCACUAGCCUCGGGCUAUCUGACAGCGCUUUUGUCGAGCCCUGGAUUCCUCUGUAUUCAGGUAGCAAUACUGGUAACAUUCAUACAC